AUGGGGGGCAAAAGUGACGCCGACUGGUCUGUUGAAUAUGACACUCUCAGACGGGAGCGGUUAUUCAGACAUCCUCCAAAGGAUAAGACAGCGUACCCUGCGCUAGCAGCCGCCAUUCGCCCUCACAUCGACUCGUUCAAUGCUCUAUUUGAGGAUAGCAAAGUGCUGGACGCAGCUCUCAAGGAUAUCGGAAUAAAAUCUUUCAUUGACGGGAACUCGAAAACGCCUGAAGAAAAAGCUGCUCGACGAGAGGAUGGAAGAAGGGCACCAAAGAGAAACAAGCUGAGCGUGCGGAUAACUGAGCUAUUCUUGGAGAAAGCCGUUCUCCCGGCCUCGAACAAAUACAGCACGCGCAAUCGAGAAAUCUACCCUGCCGAGUGCCGUGAAAGACAUGCGACUUAUCGAGGAAAACUAAGGGCGAGAUUGGAAUACAGAGUGAACAAUGGAGAGUGGAAGGAGUCAGUUCGGGAGUUGGGUCAAGUUCCCAUCAUGUUGCGGUCCAACCGAUGCCAUCUAGAAAAGGCUACCCCGGCUCAGCUGGUUGAUCGCAAGGAAGAGUCAGAAGAGCUGGGCGGCUACUUUGUCGUCAACGGAAAUGAGAAGCUUAUCCGAAUGCUAAUCGUUGGUAAAAGAAACUUUCCAACCGCAAUUAUCCGAAACUCUUUCCAGAAGCGUGGCUCAGCGUAUACAAAGUUUGGUGUACAGAUUCGCUCUGUCAGGCCGGAUCAGACCUCGCAGACGAAUGUACUUCAUUACCUUAAUGAUGGAAACGUCACGUUCCGGUUUUCCUGGAGAAAGAACGAAUACCUUGUGCCUGUCAUGAUGAUUCUGAAGGCGCUGAUCGAAACCAAUGACCGCGAGAUAUUUGAACGACUGGUCGGCGGGGAAGGAUCCUUGGGUAUCGAGAAUACCUUCGUCACUGACCGUGUUGAACUGCUCUUACGCACGUACAAGGCAUACGGCGUCCAUUCUCGGUCAAAAUGCAGGGCCUACUUGGGCUCCAAGUUUAGAUUCGUCCUUGGAAUGCCAGAGGAUGUUCCGGACGAAGAUGUUGGUACUGAAUUCCUCCGAAAGAUAGUCCUACCACACCUGGGUAAUCAAAAUGUUACCGAAACCCAGAACAAUGACAAGUUUAACAUGAUCUUGUUCAUGAUACGGAAGCUCUAUAACCUGGUUGCGGGAGAUUGUGCUCCUGACAACCCCGAUGCGGUAUCGAACCAGGAAGUUCUGCUUGGUGGCUACUUGUACGGCAUGCUUCUGAAAGAAAGACUGGAGGAAUGGUUAAAAUCCGUUGGCCCCAUUGUUCGGGACUGGAGAUUAAAAAAUGACGAUGCCAAAUUCACAGAUCCCAGCUUCGAAAGGGACUUCCUUGCGAGGGUUAUCGGCAGGACAAACGAAAAUAUUGGCGGUGCUAUGGAAUAUUUCCUGUCCACUGGAAACCUAGUUAGUCCUACUGGACUUGAUCUUCAGCAGCCUUCUGGUUAUACGGUAAUGGCGGAAAAGAUCAACUUCUACCGAUUUAUCAGUCAUUUCCGAAUGAUUCACAGAGGAAGCUUUUUCGCGCAAUUGAAAACUACUACAGUUCGUAAACUGCUGCCGGAGAGUUGGGGGUUCCUCUGCCCUGUGCAUACCCCUGAUGGAAGUCCUUGCGGUUUGCUGAACCAUCUAGCGCACAAAUGUCUAAUAUCGACCUCCAACCUGGAUGUCUCAGGCGUGCCUGGGGUUCUUGCUGGACUUGGAGUGACUUCUGAAUCAUCCUGUUCCACUGAGGAGAGUAUCCCUGUCCUGCUGGAUGGAAAGAUUCUAGGAUACUGCACGCCAAAACAGUCUCGUGUUAUUGCCGACACCCUCCGGUACUGGAAGGUUCAGGGCCACAAGCACAUUCCGGUAGAGCUUGAAAUUGGUUAUGUUCCCAGUUCGAAUGGCGGUCAAUAUCCGGGCGUGUACAUGUUCUCUGAAGCUGCUCGUAUGUAUCGGCCGGUCAGAUAUCUCCCUCUAGAUAGGCUGGACUAUGUCGGCCCGUUCGAGCAGCCUUAUAUGGAAAUCGCCUGCGUUGCUUCUGAUAUCAAAAACGGCGUUUCCACCCACAUCGAGUUUGACCCAACUCAUAUUCUCUCUAUCCUCGCCAACAUGACUCCGUUCUCCGACUUCAACCAGUCUCCGCGUAACAUGUACCAGUGUCAGAUGGGUAAACAAGCAAUGGGAACUCCCGGUACAGCCAUCGAGUACAGAACAGACAACAAGCUCUACCGACUGCAGACUGGUCAGACACCGGUAGUCAGACCACCUCUGUAUAACGCCUAUGGACUGGAUAACUUCCCCAACGGCAUGAAUGCAGUAGUUGCCGUCAUCUCAUACACAGGCUACGACAUGGACGACGCUAUGAUAAUAAACAAAUCUUCCCAUGAGCGUGGGUUUGGCUACGGGACCAUUUACAAAACGAAGAUUUAUGCUUUGGAUGAUAAAGAAUCACGAGGACGCGGGAAAUCCAAGCGAGCGAUCACCAAGCUAUUCGGGUUUGCGCCGGGCGGUUUGAUCAAGGCGGAGUGGAAAUCGCAGCUUGAUGAAGAUGGACUGCCGCAUAUUGGAGCCAAAGUGAGCGAAGGGAGCCUGGUGUGCGCCUGGUACACUGUUCAAUAUGACCCAGCGACAGACACAUACAUCAACGUCGACAAGCAGACACACUUCCUGAAAUACAAAGACGGAGAAGAAGGAUUCGUCGAUAGUGUCAGAGUCCUUGGAUCGGAGACAGGAAACGAAGUGUGCCAGGCCGUCAGCAUCAAGUACAGAGUGCCCCGUCGACCGGUCAUUGGUGACAAGUUCUCAUCCCGCCACGGCCAAAAGGGUGUCUUGUCCCAGCUAUGGCCAUCGGCAGACAUGCCAUUCUCCGAGUCCGGCAUCCAGCCUGAUGUCAUCAUUAACCCUCACGCUUUCCCAUCUCGAAUGACGAUAGGUAUGUUUGUCGAGUCGCUAGCAGGUAAAGCCGGCUCACUACACGGUCUGCCCCAAGAUUCGACGCCCUUCCAGUUCUCUGAAGAAACGACGGCAGGAGACUACUUUGGCAAACAGCUUCAAAAAGCCGGCUAUAACUUCCACGGAAACGAGCCCAUGUACUCUGGCAUCACAGGCCGGGAGUUUGCAGCUGACAUCUACAUCGGCGUCGUCUACUACCAGCGUCUACGACACAUGGUUAACGAUAAGUUCCAAGUGCGUACGACUGGUCCCGUCAACGCUCUGACCGGCCAGCCCGUCAAGGGUCGUGCUAAGGGUGGUGGUAUCCGUGUCGGAGAGAUGGAGCGUGAUGCAUUGCUGGCCCACGGUGCAGCAUUCCUACUCCAGGACCGACUGAUGAACUGCUCUGACUCUCAGCGUGCAUGGAUAUGUCGAGCCUGUGGUUCUUUUAUCUCAACGCAGGUAGCGGUUUCGCAGCUCCUGUCGCCGCAUAAAAACCCAGCAAUGGAGGCCGUCGUCCAGUCCACUGCUGACGCGAUAGCCAAACCUCUCAGUGGAGUCAGUGCCCUCGGCGGCCUGGCUGGUAUUGUACGGUGUAGAAGAUGCGCCAGGGAGGCGGUCUUCGACGACCCCAGGGCCGAAGUGUGGGAAGACGGCACGGGCAAGAGAUACGUCGGCGGCAGUGAUACAACCGUGGUUGCUGUGCCUGGAGUGCUCAAAUAUCUCGACGUGGAGCUUGCUGCCAUGGGCAUUAAGAUGAGAUUCCAUGUCGAUAACUAA